UCCGCGUCCGGAGGCGCCGAUGGGCGGAGCCAGCUCGGCCCGUCGCGCCGCGGAUCUGCCCUCGCCCUCCCGCGGGCCGCGGCCUGCCAUGACCAGCAUCGGGGACCUGCCCGAGGACGUGCUGGUGGAGCUGCUGUCGCUGCUGCCCGCCCGGGAGCUGCUCCGCACCUGCCGCCUGGUGUGCUCGCAGUGGCGCUACGUGGUGGACCUGAACACGCUGUGGAAGCGCAAGUGCCAGCGCGACGGGUUUUAUCGUCAGAGCUAUGACAGGAGCAUCUCGGACUGGAAGAUCUUCUAUAUGCUCUGCCACAUGAAGAAAAACUUACUCAAAAACCCUCGUGCUGAAGAGAACUUCCAGCACUGGACAAUUGAUGCCAAUGAAGGAGAUAAGUGGAAAAUUGAGGAUCUGCCUGGAGCUCAUGGAAGUCAUAUGUCAGACCCCAGAGUACAAAAAUACUUUGUCACUUCAUAUGGGCCAUGCUUCAAGUCUCAAAUCAUUACCCUGGAUAAAGAAGGCUACUGGAAUCAGCUGAUGGAUGAGAUACGGCCUGAAAUUACAGUCAAGGACUGGUACGCUGCCAGGUUUGACUGCGGGUGUCGCUACGAGCUCACCGUGAGGCUGCUCUCCAAGGACUGGAUCUGCCUGCAGGAAUUCCAUCCUGAGCCAGUGGUCAUUGAGCAGUGGAGUGAUGCCCAGUGGAGAGAGAUUUCUCACACCUUCCAGAAUUACCCAGCAGGAGUUCGUCACAUCUGGUUCCAGCACGGAGGCCAGGACACCCAGUACUGGGCAGGCUGGUAUGGGGUGCGUGUGACAAACAGCAGCAUCACCAUUGGGCCCCCCAGCUCACUGUGAGGCACUCUGGAAGGGUUUGCUUUUACCUCAGGACUGGAACCAAGUGGCCUCAGGUGCACUGUCUGCCUGUUCUGUCUGGGUGUGUCCUAGCUUUGUCU